AUGCUUUUUCUGGCUCAUCAGGACCAUGCCUUGGAAAAUCUUGUUGCAGGUUCCACGGGCAUUGUGAAGAUCACCGAUUUCGGUGUGUCCGGUGAACUGGAAGAUGACAUCGAGCAGAAGAACAAAGUCACCUUUGCUGCUGGGACAGAGGGACAGCUGAGACGGGUUGGAACCAUCCACUACAUGUCACCCGAACGUGUGGUGGGCAAGCCCUACCAGUACAACUCUGAUACGUGGAGCCUGGGUUUGACGCUCAUGGAGUGCAUUUUGAUGCGCUACCCGUACUCACACGAGGAGGAGAGUGGCAAGUUGACUGUUUGGGAGCUGAUGAAGCGAAUCGACACGGACGAGCCGCCGAGCCUUCCUCCGAAGCAUGGCAGCCAGCUGCAGGACUUCCUUCAGCAGGCCCUGCAAAAAGAUCCCACCCUUCGGCCCGGUGCAUCCACCAUGAAGGCCCAUGGAUGGCUGGAAGGCUUUUCGCCCCUGCGGAUCUUAGAGCUGGCCAUGUGGAUCGCGCCCAUGGACUUUGCUCCGCCUGAGGAGGCGCCCAAACAGAGGUCGAGACCGAACCCUUUCCAAAUGCCCCAUGGUGGAGGCUAUCGAGCCUGCAGCCCAGCGAAGGAGGCCCGAGAGGCACCACAUGUGCCUCCUCGUCUGCCCGAAAGCAGCCCACCCAACAAGACCUUAACGCCUCGGGAUGUGCCUCCACGACUGCCAGAGGGCAGUCCAGCGGCCAAAGUUGUGCUACACUUAAGGGCAUGCUGCCUCCGGAAUCCCAAGGAUCUGCGGGACACGGCGCAUCCUCCACGUUUGCCGGAGGGCAGCCUGAAACCUCCGACACUCGGACAUGACUAA